CAAGGCAUUUCAUAAUGCCUUUGCUGUGGCCUUGAGGUGCUGGCUGUGGUCAAGGACUUCACCAUGGCCCCACAGUCCUCACCAGGAACGUGAAGUGCUCACUGGGGUCUUGAGGCUCUCACCAUGGCCAAGACCCUUGCCAAGGUCUGUAUCUUGGUCAGAGUCUUCACCACGGCCUUGAGAUGCUCACCAAAGCCUUUGCCAUGGCCCCUAGACCUGUCCUGUGGCCAAGGCCUCAAGGCCCUUGCUGGGAACGUGAGGUGCUCACCGUGGCCAAGACCUUCACCGUGGCCCUGAGGCCUCGUGCUGCGGCCCGGGUGCUUUCACCGUGCCUCUCGCCCUUGCCAUGGUGCUGAGGUGCUUGCCAUCACCGAGGUCCUUGCUGUGGACCUGAGGUGCUUGCCAAGGCCGUGUCCUGGAGGCACUCACCAGAGGCGCUCCCCGUCGCGGUCAGCACGGCCACGAGGCCCUCGCCGUGGCCUCGAGGCACUCCCCGUCGCCCUCAGCCUGCUCUCGGGGUGCUCCUCAGCACCCUCUGCACGGCCCGGAGGCACCUGCCACGGCCCCGAAGCGGGUGCCGUGGCCCUCACCGCGGCCUUCGCCGCAGUCCCAACGCGCGCACCACGACCACGACCCUCUCCGCGGCCCCCGUGGUAGCUGGCUGGGGGCCCCCGGGUGCCUCUGGUUGGAGAGGGCCGGGGGCCCUCGCCGUCACCCCGCGCUGCCGCCACCCACCGCUGCCCUUUCCUUUUCUCCCCUCCCAGGUGCUCUCGAGCCGGGGCGAGGGGAUGAGGUGCCCCCCUGCCGCGUGGUGUGCCGAAGCGGCUCUUUAGAUCCUCCCCGGCCCAAGCCUCCCCUGCCAUGGAUGCCUCGGGGGCUCUUGCUUCGGCUCCCUCCUCCGCGGCUCCCUCGGGCUCCCGCAGCCCCAUGUUCCCCCCAGGAGCUGACAGAGAGGAGUGGGGACCGAGGUUCAAUUGUGCCCCUUCCACCUCUGCCGCAGCCUCGCAGGCGAUGCCAGCGUCUGGCCGGAAGAGGAAGGCCAACUUCUCCAAUGACGAGACUGAGACGCUGGUCUGGAAUGUGGUCCGGCAUUUCAGCGCCCUGUAUGGGUCUGAAGCCCUGCGGGCUCACCCCGUGCGGCGGAAGCAGCUCUGGACCCAAAUCCAAAGCCGCGUCAACUUCCUGGGCUACACCGAACGCUCCAUCGACGACCUCAAGCACAAGUGGCGCGACCUGCGGCUGGACGUCAAGAAGAAGAUCACCUCCAAGAAGCACCUGCCCAUGAACCGCGCCGGCGGGCCGCUCCACAAGCCGCGCCUCACGCCCCUGGAGAAGAUGGUGGCUUCCACCUUCUUGCAGGCCAGCCACGACUCGGAACCCGAAAUCAUCUUGGACCCAGAUCUGUUCUUCCCCGGCGCGGCCAAGCAGUCCUUCAUGCACCUGCAACCCGGCGUCAGCCACCCCAGCAUCUACAUCGACACCAACGGGCAGCCCUCGUCCCUGCCAGACGUGGAGGGCUCUGCCGUGCCCCGGCUGGCGGUGCAGAGCCCCGACCCCUCCGUCAUCUGCGAGUACAGCCGGGGGGAAGGACAGAGCAGUUCGGCCGAGUCGGGACCAGAGCUGCGGACUCCAGACGUGUCAGCCAUUUCCCCGUCCUUGCGAAACGAGUCCCUCGUCUCCUACGCCUCCAUGUCGGAGGAAGAGGAACGGGAAGGCCGGGAGGUGGAGAGGGGCCACGGCGGGGCCGCGGGGAUGCAGCCCGGGCCCGAGGCCCCCAUGUCUGCCGAGGAAGACAUGAAACUGUCCCGCCAGGCCAUGCUGAUCCGCCGGUGCAGCUCCCAGGGCUCCGUCACCUCCCUGCCCGAGGACCCUCUCAACCCCGUGGACGCUCACUCGGACUGGGGCCACGAAGGGGUGUCCGACUUGCCCCCCCUGGGCCGCGGGCUCGACUCCUCGCACCCCGAGGAGCAGGCGGGGGGCCCGGGCCCGGAGAUGGGCGCUUUGCCCAGGGUACUGAUGGGGCCCACCUGGGAGAAGCCGUCGGCGGAGGAGGAGCCCCCGGCCCGCUCCCCCCUGCACGGCGCCCUGACCGAGGAGUCGCUGCCCUCCUCUGCCUCCCCCCCGGGGGACGCCCCCGCCGCCCCCGGCCCACCCCGCGGCCUGGGCUGCUCCCGCCUGCGGGAUGACCGCCGGGAGAGCUGGAGGACUAACAUCCAUCACCUUCUGGACCUGGAGGAGCAGUGGGACCAGCUGUACCACCAGGAGCUGGCCAUGUGGCAGGAGGAACGGGCCACCCAACGCGAGGAGAGGGCCCGCGACCGCGAGCUCCAGUUCCGCCUGCUCGGCGUCCUGACGGACAUCCGCGACGAGCUGCGCUACCUGCGGCAGGAGAGGGCCAGCGCCCGGCAGAGCCAGGCGCCGCCGGCAGAGCCCCGGCCGGACCCCAGCCCCCUCCUCGAGCAGCCCAAAGCCGAGCCCAGCUUCCCCGAGCCGCAGACCGGGAACCCCAGCUGGGGAGAGACCGCCGUGCCCAACCGAAGCCCCUUCGGCAACCGGGGCCGGGGCCGGCGUCGGGGCCGGCCGCGCGGUUCUGCUUCCAGACACAGACGGCUCUUCCUCACCAACAGCUAGGGCCGGGGGGGGACGCUGUCCCGCGAAGGACAUGGUGUGCCCGCGCCCCGCGGCUCCGGCCACGCCGUGGGUGCCCCCCACGGACAGAGGGGCGCGGGGGAAGUGGGGUGCGUGGGAGCUGUGCACCAGCGUGCCGCCCCCGGUGCGGUUUGCCGGCAUCCCCGGUGCCAGCGGGGGACGGUACGAAGCGGGGAGGCCGGCCGGCGCGCACCCGCCCCGGGGAGGGAGACGACGGUAGGCACGCACACGUGUGAAAGGUGUGUGCGAGCACCCGGGAGGCCUCGCCCGCCCCCGGCACCGUGCGCGCUCCGCCGGCGCGGGCGGCCCCCGGGGCAGGGCACGCGUGGGCGAGCGGGGGGCACGCGUGGGCGAGCGUCAGCGGGGCCGUGUGACAGCGCUAGUCGAGUAGGAUUACUACCUUUUUGGGGGGUGGGGAGUUAGGAAAAACUUAGUCGCUGAGGAGCGAACAUUUUAUGCAAAUCAUUUAAUGACUUAAUUUGCAUAUAACCGUAAACUUCUGUUUAAAAAAAAAAAAAAAAAAAAAAAUCCCCCAAAAACCAGAAAAGCCGUCUCUGUGGGUGAACUCGGUGACGGAGCAGGGCGCUGAGGAGGGGCUCGGGGGAGCGGGUCGUCCGUCCCCCCCCCCUCGCCGUGAGCUUUCCCUCCUCUGUCACCCCCGUCCCUCGUGCCGAGCCGACGCUGCGUCCCGCUGCUGCUUCGCCGCCUGCUCGCCGUUCCUCCCCGCUCGAAUCCCCGGUGCUGCCGGGGCAGUGCCACGCUGGGCUGCCCCGAGCCGGGCAGGGUGAUUUGGGGGGUGGGUGGGCAGCCCCCCCCCACCCCGCGGCCUGCAUGGGCUGGGUGCUGCGCUCUGCUAACAGGGUCGUUCGCCCCACGGCUCUGCCCGUACGGGCUGAGUGGGGCAGGGCCGUGGGGUGAAUCACCCCAGGCUUGGUGGCACGGAGCUUCACCCCGCUCCUUUCGGGGGGAGCCCAGCACCCCAGGGGCGCGGCUGGGGGGAACAGGACCUGGGCUGGCUGUGCCUGCGUGGCUGGGGGGGGCAGUGUGCAGGGUCCCCUAGGCAGCCUGU